UGCUCAUUUGUGUUUUCCUUUACAGCUGUUAGACAGCAGUAUAUGGCGGCAUCUUGUCAAACUCUUAUCAGUUCAGUUGGCGCUGCUGCUAACAAAACACCAAUUAAGAAGGAAGUGUGUUACCACAUAACUUGUUAUUCCAGUUUCAAUAUCCGAUGCAGUACUUGCCAGCGCUGCUUUCACGGGAAAUGUAUGGGCCUCAACGAGAAAAAGUGGAACAAAAUUAAAGAGUGGACUUGUAAUUCUUGUUCUUAUUUAACCGUGCUCAAUGUUUUUCAAACUGAACUAUAUUGUGUGUGUCAAACUCCCUAUGAUAAUACUCGUUUUUACGUGGGAUGUGAUCGUUGUGAAGGGUGGUAUCAUCCGCAGUGCGUUGGGAUCACGCAAGCUGAGGCAGAGGCUAUGGAAGAAUACAUUUGUCCGAACUGUCAGUCGUCUCAGAAUAAAUUGAUUGAUCCCGUUACUUCUGGUAAUACCGUGCCCUUUGCCAUGAUUUUGACGAGAAAGGAUUAUGAUUUGAUUGGACAGCUUCUCGCUACUAUCAAAGAGCAACGGGCAAGUUGGCCUUUUCGGGAGAGAACCGACGAAAAAAUGUACCCAGAUUAUUAUGAAAAGAUCAAGAACCCUAUAGAUCUCUCCAUUAUUGACAACAAAAUUGAACAGCUGAGGUACCAUAAACUAGAUGAGUUCCUUGCCGAUAUCAAAUUGAUUUUUCAAAAUGCCCGAAUUUAUCAUGCUAAAACGUCUGGAGUUUUCCGUUGUGCUGAUACAUUGGAGAAAAAGUUUGACGUUUGCUUUUCCAAAAUUAAAAGGCAAAUAGAGCUGAGGAAUCGAGAAAAUAUGAGAGUUUCCGAGUCGAAAACUGCUGAUUCACUCGAUAUCAAUACGGAUGAGCUAAUUCCCAUUGGUAGUGAUUUUGAUGCUUCAGUCUUUGAUGACAUUUAG